AUGUUCUCAAGAGGGGUGGAUUUGAACGGGGAAGUGGUGGAGCUCUCCUCUAUUUUCUUUAGUCCAAUUGUUGUUGUUGACUCUAGGGCUGAAGCAAAACGACAAUUAAUUGCUGCUGGAUUUCAUUUGCUAAAUGAGAGUGACGAAUGGGACCUGAAACCUGGUGGACGCUACUUCUUUACGCGGAACAUGUCCUGUUUGGUUGCUUUUGCCAUUGGGGAAAAGUAUUCAACUGGUAGCGGUUUUCAUGUAAUUGCUGCGCACACAGAUAGUCCGUGUCUGAAACUAAAGCCAAAGUCUGCCUCAUCAAAAUCUGCCUAUCUUAUGGUCAACGUGCAAACUUAUGGUGGUGGUUUAUGGCACACUUGGUUUGAUAGGGAUUUAAGUGUUGCUGGAAGGGUCAUAGUGAGAGGAGAUGAUGGUUCCUUAUUGCAUAAGCUUGUCAAAAUAAAGAGGCCUCUGUUACGAGUUCCUACACUGGCAAUUCAUCUUGACCGCACUGUGAAUACGGAUGGGUUCAAACCAAAUCUGGAAACUCACCUUAUCCCACUGCUGGCAAUGAAGCUUGAGGACGGAUCAGCUGAGCAUAAUCCAUCACCCCCAAAAGAUGCUCAUCAUCCACUGCUUAUGCAG